AUGGCAUCGGAAAGGAAAAAUGACACCUUCCGAAUCAUGGUCAUCAAUCCUAAUGUUUCAGUGGAGAUGACAGAUGCCUUGAAACCGAUCAUCAAAAGACUUGACUUUCAGGAUGUCGAGUGGACGUUCUAUACUUCCCCACGAGAGGAUCCCAGCCCCGACUCGCCCGAUUCAGAAGGACCAAUUGAUAGCAUCAACGGACCCGAAGACUCGGCCAAGACAGCAUGGACAUGCAGAGAUGUCUGCCAGCACAUCCAAGACUACGAUGCUUUCUUAGUGGCCUGCUACUCGGCCCAUCCUCUCGUGGGAAUGAUACGCAAAGCCAUCGCCGAGUACGAAGGAACGCACCGGGAUCAACGCCGCCGGUUCGUCACGGGAAUCUUUGAAGCCAGCGUGACAACAUCCAUGUCCUUGAUCAGUGCAUUCAACCUGACAUCUGUGCAGUACGCCCGCGAGCAAGUGGAAGACUCCUUCGGCAUUGUGACCACCGGGAGUGCUUGGAAGCAGGAGCUCACCAAUGCGGUUACCGAAAUGCUCGUGGGCAAAGGCAGAGAUCCCCCCGCCUGCUUUGCUGGAGUCGCAACGACGGGGCUUUCCGCCAUUGAACUGCAUCAUACGGAUCCUCGGGAAGUCAAACGUCGAAUCUCUGAAGCAACGGCGUCUCUCCUGCGGAAUUCUAAAACUUUUGUGGCUGCAGUCUGUCUGGGAUGUGCAGGCAUGGUUGGUAUGGAUGAGGCAGUCCGAGAAGGAUGCAUUGCGGCCUACGGGGAGUCAAAUGGUUCGCGAGUCCGCAUUGUCGACGGUGUUCUCGCAGGCUCUCGUCAGCUGGCGGAUCAUUGUCGUUCUGGAUACUAA